GCGAGAUGGAGGGCGCGGGCGCUGAUCGCGACUCCAAGCGGCUCCCGCCGGCCGCCCGCCUCACCGCCUGGCUGGAGCGAUGGAACGUCAACCCUCAUCUCCUCACGCUCAAGGUCACGCUCUUCGUCCUGUACGGCGCCACGGCCUCGCUGCUGCCCUACUUAACGAUUCACAUGCAAAGCAUCGGGCUGACGGUGGACGAGAUCUCCGUCAUCUACCUCGCGCUCCCGUUCACCACGUUCCUCAGCCCCCCCGUCACAGGCUACCUCAUCGAUAAGUUCGGCCGCUACAAGCCGGUGGUGGUGUUCACGCUGCUGCUGAACGCGCUGUGCCACCACUCGCUCAUGCUCAUCCCGCAGAUGGAGAUGCCGGGCGACAUGCCUGCCGCGUACGUCAUGCGCCACCCGCACACGCACAAGGUGGAGGUGUGGUGGAGCCCGUGCCCGUCCCGCGAGUGCCCCGUGGAGGAGGAGCUGGACAUGAUCCUGGGUUCGUGCCUCGACCACUGCACCCUCAAGCCGCCGCCGUCCGCGCCGCCUCCGCCGCUGCCGUCCCCGACGCCCCCGCCGCCGCCGCCCCCGCUGCCGCCCCCGCAGGCGCCCGCCAGCCCCGCCUCGGGCUGCACCUGCGGCAUGGGCCGCGCGGACGGCGCGGGCGCGGGCGCCAACGGCAUGGCGGAGGUCCAGGGCAGCUCGACGCAGAAGCCGCUGCACUUCAUCAUGGAGGUGGACGGCAAGACCAAGAAGAAGAACCCGGCGCGGCGCCGAAAGAAGUGA